CUGCCCUUCGCCGUCGGCCCUCCGCCUAGCCGCGCACUUCCCGCCCUCCUAGCUUCCUUUUCGCCCUUCCACCAGACCUCCCUCGACGCCCGACAGCUGCUCUGGGUACUGUUUCCGGGUCAGGGUGACCUCUGGGGCUAGAAAACUGCGACUGGGAGCGGGACCCAGGCGUGCCGCAUUCGCCAUGCUCCGCUCACGCGUGGGAGACUGGGCUGUGGGGUACCGGCCCGGAAAGCACCCAGUCUCCAAAGCCGCUUUCCUCAGGGAAAUUUGCGUGACCUUACUGCCCUCAGUCUACAGGCCUUGUACCUCUGCAGGACGAUUUUUCCACAAUUUAAAUCCCAGUCCACCUGGUAUCCAGCUCCAGCAACUUAGAGCGUUUCACGUCACGCCGGGCGCCAGGCGUCGGCUUGUAUAACCUGAAAACGCUCCUGUUUUUCUCAUCUGUGCAGUGGGUUUUGAUUCCCACCAUGGCCAUCACCCAGUUUCGGUUAUUUAAAUUUUGUACCUGCCUAGCAACAGUAUUCUCAUUCCUAAAGAGAUUAAUAUGCAGAUCUGGCAGAGGACGGAAAUUAAGUGGAGACCAAAUAACUUUGCCAACUACAGUUGAUUAUUCAUCAGUUCCUAAGCAGACAGAUGUUGAAGAGUGGACUUCCUGGGAUGAAGAUGCACCCACCAGUGUAAAGAUCGAAGGAGGGAAUGGGAAUGUGGCAACACCACAAAAUUCUUUGGAACAACUGGAACCUGACUAUUUUAAGGACAUGGCACCAACUAUUAGGAAAACUCAGAAAAUUGUUAUUAAGAAGAGAGAACCACUGAAUUUUGGCAUCCCAGAUGGGAGCACAGGUUUUUCUAGUAGAUUAGCAGCUACACAAGAUCUGCCUUUUAUUCAUCAGUCUUCUGAAUUAGGUGACUUAGAUACCUGGCAGGAAAAUACCAAUGCAUGGGAAGAAGAAGAAGAUGCAGCCUGGCAAGCAGAAGAAGUUCUGAGACAGCAGAAACUAGCAGACAGAGAAAAGAGAGCAGCCGAACAACAAAGGAAGAAAAUGGAAAAGGAAGCACAACGACUAAUGAAGAAGGAACAAAACAAAAUUGGUGUAAAACUUUCAUAACAUAUGUUCUUCAAAUUUUAUCAUGCCAGUAGGAGAAAUCUCAGCUCCACAACCCAAGCAACAUUUGUAUGGAUUUAAGAGUAUUUUAAGAAUACACACUGCUUGAUUUUAAUACAUUGAUCAGGCCAUCCAGGACACCAUGAUUCUCCCAAAGUACCUUGAACUCUUAGUGAUUGAGACUCAAAAAAACAAAAAAGACUUGAGACAAUGUUUUCUUCAUCAUGCUCCAAAUAUAAGACAUUUCUUUGCAGUACAGCAAAUAUCACAAAUGGAAUAUAUCAGUACCUCUGAAGCUAGUGUUUCUAGCUAAAUAAAUGGGUGUAUAUAAUUUUAUGGUGGAAAAGAACUGUACUGUCUGAUUUCCUUCAAUGUGCAUAAUGAUAAAAUAAAUAAUUUUAAUAUUCUUUUGUUUCCAUGGUUACCUGACCUAAAUUAGAUAAAUUGUAGGGCUUUAGCUUUCUUAUUUUUGUCAAAAGUUGGUGUUAACAUACAUUCCCUCUAAUUUGAACUGGUAUUGUUUACGUUUGAUACAACAUUAAGGAAUUUGAUGAUUUUCAUUUCAUGAAAAUGACAUUAAAUGCAAUAAUUUUAUUUAUCAUAAA